ACAUUAAAGCUGCAAUCGUGCUGAUCGUCUCAGCACUACGCCACAGUAGGCCGGACAGCGACAAGGAAUUUGUUCAUAUUUAUUUGAAUCUAGUGAACAAAACAGAAAGAACAGUAACGGGUCAAGCAGCUGAGAUAACAGAACAAAAUGCCAAGCAAAUGCAUAAUCCUGCUGCUACUGGUGUUGGGGCCCUACCUAAUGGCUGCCCAGACCUAUCCCCGCACAUAUGCCAUCCCCAUCGGACUGCGAUUCGGAGGUGCACUCGCAGCUGCACCAACGGCCAGAGCUCAGGGCCAGACACUGCCAGACAACCAACGUCCGCUGGAAGAGGCCCCGCUGCCGGAAAACAGACAGCCCCAGACGCCCGAUGACCAGAGACAGCCACCCCAGAGACAGCCGUUAAAUGUGCUGGGUGCCAAUGCGGUACCCCUUCCCACCGUAUCCAACAGUCCCGCGCGACCGCCGGCCAAGCAGAGCUUCAAGGAUCGCUUCAGCUCGAAGCUCUUCCAGCCGAUCGCCAGCAGAUCGCAGAGGCAGAAUGUGGUCUUCUCGCCGGUAUCGGUGCACGCGCUGCUGGGCAUGAUCUAUGGCGCCUCCGAGGGUCGGACCGCCCAGGAGCUGCAGCAGGCAGGAGAGUUCAGCAACGAUCCGCUGGCCGUGGGGGCGGACUUCCGCCAGCUGAUCAAGCAGAGGCGGCAGCUGCAGAACGCGGAGCUGACUAUGGUCAGCCAGAUGUUCUACAACAAGAAUCUGGGGGGUAUCAAUCACGAUUAUCCGGAUUUCGCCGACUACUACUAUAACUCCGGCAUUGAGGCCGUGGACAUGGGCCGCUCCAGGGACACGGCUAACGUGAUAAAUGCCUGGGUGUCGGACGAGACGCGGACCAAGAUCCGGGAGCUGGUGAAGCCCAGCGACAUCGAUGGCCAGACGGCGGCAUUGCUGGUGAACGCCAUUUACUUCAAGGCUCACUGGGCAAACGAGUUCUCCGCCACGGAUACGGUUUCCGGCAAGUUCCGGCGUGGCAGCGGCGCACCCAGCAACGUGGCCAUGAUGUUCAACGACGAUGUGUUCGGCUAUGCCGAUCUGCCGGACCUUGGCGCCACUGCCCUGGAAAUGCCCUACGCGGACAGUGAGGUCAGCAUGCUGAUCCUCCUGCCCUACCAGGUGGAUGGCCUGGCACAGCUCGAGCAGCAGCUGGCCCGUCCCCAGAACGAUCUCAAUAGGAUUGCGGCACGCCUGCGCCAGGAGACGGUGACCAUUAGGAUCCCCAAGUUCCGCAUUCAGUUCGAGCAGGACAUGACGGAGCCCCUGCAGCAGCUCGGCGUCCGGGAGAUGUUCACGAGCAGCUCCAAGGUCACAAAAAUGCUUAACCGCCCCGUGCGCGUGUCCAAGAUCCUGCAGAAGGCCUUCAUCGAUGUGAACGAGGCGGGAUCCGAGGCGGCCGCUGCAUCAUAUGCCAAGUUCGUGCCACUCUCCCUGCCCGUCAAGUCGCGGGAGUUCAAUGCCGAUCAUCCGUUCGUGUUUGCCCUCCGCACUCCCGACUCGGUGCUCUUCAUCGGCCACGUGCUGCAGCCCACGGCGAUGGCCUGAGAAUGUCCCCCGUCUCAUGCAAACCCGCGACAUACCUUAGGCUAGAGAUUGAUGCAUUUGUGAGGCAUAUAAUAAAGUGAAAAAUACUCAUA